AUGUCAAAGAACCACAGUGUUAGUGCGUCGGAAGAUGAAAAAGAAGUACUGAAUAACAACGCUGAGGACCGUAAACCUCAAAAGCUUUUCGAUCAGGAACUGGACCUUACACAGGAAGCGUUGACCAAAUUUGAAAAUUUAGAUGAUUGUAUAUACGCAAAUAAACGGAUCGGAACAUUCAAGAAUAAUGAGUUCAUGGAGUGUGAUUGUUAUGAAGAAUAUUCUGAUGGCAUUAACCAUGCCUGUGAUGAGGACUCUGACUGUAUCAAUAGGCUUACCUUGAUAGAGUGUGUGAAUGACUUGUGUUCAUCUUGUGGUAAUGACUGCCAGAAUCAACGAUUUCAAAAGAAGCAGUACGCCUCGAUAGCCAUUUUCAAGACGAAACAUAAAGGGUAUGGUGUAAGAGCUGAACAAGACAUAGAAGCCAACCAGUUCAUCUACGAAUAUAAAGGUGAAGUGAUCGAGGAGGUUGAAUUUAGAGAUAGGCUGAUAGACUACGACCAACGUCAUUUCAAGCAUUUUUAUUUUAUGAUGCUACAGAAUGGAGAAUUCAUUGACGCCACAAUAAAGGGUUCGUUAGCAAGAUUUUGUAAUCAUUCUUGCCGUCCAAAUGCAUAUGUCAAUAAAUGGGUUGUCAAGGGUAAACUUCGCAUGGGUAUUUUUGCUCAAAGGAAAAUUUCAAAAGGUGAAGAAAUUACAUUUGACUAUAACGUGGAUCGAUAUGGUGCUCAGGCUCAAAAAUGUUAUUGCGAAGAGCCAAAUUGUAUUGGAUUUCUUGGGGGUAAAACUCAAACAGAUGCGGCGUCUUUGUUGCCUCAAAACAUCGCUGAUGCCUUGGGAGUCACUGUUUCUAUGGAGAAAAAGUGGUUAAAAUUGAAAAAGUUAAGCGGUGGACCAAUAAUAAAGAAUGAAAACGAAAACAUAAAUAUCGAGUUUCUUCAGUCUUUGGAAGUCAAACCUAUCGAUAACUUAGUGGAUGUGACGAAAAUUAUGAGUGUAUUACUGCAGCAAGAUAAUAAAGUAAUUGCAUCUAAGCUUUUAAACAGACUUUUCACCAUUGACGAUAAUUCUCUUCGUCAUCAGGCUAUUAAAUUACAUGGGUACACAUGCUUUAGUAAAAUGCUUAAAUUGUUCAAUAUGGAACAUUCGCAGCCUCAGGAAGAGGAAAAUGACGUCGAGGAAGGCGAUGAAAAGUUGAUGAUCAAAAGAAUUUUAGAUUUCUUAUUGGAAUUGCCUAAGACUACUCGAAAUGGUAUUGAAUCAUCACAAAUUGACAGUAUAAUAAAAGCCCUGCCUACGAAGUGUCCAGAUUUGAAGCUGGAAUGUGAUGAUUUAUUGGAGAAAUGGUCGAAAUUUGAAACAUACAAGAGGAUUACUAAGAAAGACAUAAACGUUGCAUCCAGUAAAAUGAUAGAUUUGAGAAGGGUGAGGUUACCUCCUGGCUGGGAGAUCAUUCAUGAAAACGGUCGUCCAUUGUAUUAUAAUGCAGAACAGAAAACAAAACUACAUUAUCCUCCCACUGGUUCAUCUAAGGUAUUUAGUUCAAGAUCAAGUACAGAAAUAACUUCCCAGAGCAAUGGUGGGAUUUCUAAAACGAGUAGUGCUUCAGACUCCAAGAAACAUAAACUGAGCGACGAGGAAUAUGAGAGGAAAAAACAAAAAAGACUUGAGUACGAGAGAAUUGCUUUAGAAAGAGCAAAGCAAGAGGAACUGGAAAGUUUAAAGCUAAAGCUAAAGCUUGAGAAUGAAAGAAAAAGCGUUUUGGAGGAUAUCAUAGCAGAAGCCAACAAACAAAAGGAAUUGCAAAGGGAAGAGGCUAAAAAACUAGUGGAAGCAAAAGAAGCAAACCGUUUGAAAAGAAAAACAGUUUCCCAAUCUCAAAGAUUAGAGCAUAACUGGAAUAAGUUUUUCGCAUCUUUUGUGCCAAACUUGAUAAGAAGUAACCCACAGAGUAAGCAAUUUGAUCAUGAGAAUAUAAAACAAUGUGCUAAAGACAUUGUGAAGAUCUUAACCACAAAGGAGCUGAAAAAAGACUCAUCAAAGGCACCACCUAGUGACUUAAGUAAAGAGAAGAGACAUAAAGUCAAAGAAUUCAUAAAAUCAUAUAUGGAUAAGAUAAUUCUCAAGAAAAAGCAGAAAAAGCGUUGA